AUGUCGUACGCCAGGCCACCUGAGCAGCCUUAUGCUCACUCCAAUGCGUCCCAGUACGAGCAAGCCAGCGCCUACUAUCAGCAGCAGCAACAAGGCUCUGAUGGCUACGGCCACGGCUCUCAGGGAACGUACGGUCACUCGCAAGGCGGCUACGGUGAAGGCGUAUCUGGAGGCAGCUAUGGAGGAGGCUACAAGUACGAUGAUCAGCAAUCCAGCAUGUUUGCUCCUUCCGAGGCGCAUCACCACGGCCAGUCCAGCGCUGCGCUCAACACUCCUUACAGCGACUUUCCCCCCACCCCCGGUCAACCUCGCGCAAAUGCAGGUGAGUACGAGUUGACUGCAGCGUAGACGACUGGGGUUGUGCACGUGGACAAGACGAGAGCCAGCUUCAAUGGAAAGUGGUGGUGUCAUCUCUUGGGCAAGGCUUGAAGUUGGCCCGGACUUCGACGCAGCCUAUCGGCUUCGGAAAUUGAACCACAGCGCUUCGAGGUCAUUCUGGCUGCUACUCUGGCUUCAAAGAUGAGUUACAUCUUGUUCACAGACGACCAAAGCGGAUCAUCUACAGCGCCCUAUGCUUGACAGCUUGAGCAGCGUGGCCAUGUGCUGUCGACUCCAUCAACGGAAGCAUUUCAGGCUUGGCCCGCCGACUUCAUGUGCAGAGCCAAGCUUUUCAGCGGCCGCGCAAGUCCGCCAAUUUAGAGGCAAGAUGGUGCCGCGAUUGGCCUCUUUGCUGGUCAGAUAAGCACAUCGUUCGCUAGUCAGAUGUGGUUGGACGGGCCUCCCUCAUAGGUGCGAGUCCCUUCAACCUUGCGGUACUCGCUCGGCGGGACUGGGUGGCCAAGUUUGCCACAUGUCGCCUGAUUUCAUUCAGAUUCGGUUUCAAAUCGCCAACUUUGGCGGCCGGCCGGCGUGACAGGGCAGCCCCUGUUGGCCGCACGCACGCUGUGCCGAGCCAUGCAGGCGCAGCGACGAGUGAUGUAUCAUGCGCUAUGGAGACCGCGCGGCUGGGCGCGACAUUCACGCCGCGGUGCUUGUAGCAGCUGCAUCUGCAUGCAUACCCGUUAUCCGAGCGGGUUUUAGACUUCCGCUCGUCUCAUGCAGGACUUGGUCAUGCAAAGCCACGGAGCUGCAGGGACCGGCACCUGUCAAGGCAUUGCGACAGUCUGCUCGAAUAGGGCAAAGUUACUUGCGGCGGAGUUCUCCUCCGUUCGCGGCCUCCCAGUUCAACGGGCUGGCGCCAGCGGCACGGCUUUUGCACGUCAUCGCAUCGCAUGACCUCGAACCCUUCUGCGUAGGCGAGCGACCACAGCACCUCAUCAGGGGUGCCGGCAACCCUGAGCGUCGGCGGGAAACGUCUCCAGAGCGUUGCUUGGAGGUGGCCCAAUUCGAGGUUCGCUGAGGAUUGGCUGCCUCAUUGUGCCUGCCGUUGCGCCGUUGGACAUCUUCGGCUCGUCGAGAAUGUGCGGAGUCUGGUUGCUGGUCCCAAAUGAUUGCGCGCGUGUCCUUUGGCAGCUCUUGUGGGAUGUACAGCCUCGCGAAUUCCUUUUCAUUCGGCCUGCCCACAGCGACCUUCUUCACCGUAGCUCCAUUGUCGCCCGCUUUGACGUAUUGAGAUCACAAUGGCUCACGAAGAUGAUUCCCUCCUCCCGCAAUCGCACGGCGCUCCAGCCUCUGCUGCAGCCCAAAAAUACUCGUACGCACCUCAGAAGAAGGGUGUGAGCAAGUGGAUCAAGAUCGGUAUUCCGCUCCUGCUCCUCAUCAUUGCUGGUGCUGUUCUUGGCGGCAUCUUCGGUUCGCGCGCUGCCAACAAGGAUAGCUCAGCGAGCUCUACCAAGUCUGGAUGGACUGAUACCACUAGCGGCGACAAGCCCUCCUUCGUCGGCAGCGAUGUUCUGCAAAGAGCCAGUGCUGCUGCCGCCAGUGGCAACGUGGACGACCUUCAAUAUCACGGUACCGAUGCGUAUGGUAAUCCCUCCUUUAAGAGCAGCGCCACUCAGGGCUCUCCCUCUGCGUCGAACGGCUACCAGGUCGACUCCUUCAGCGGCUCCCUUCAAAAUCUGCGCUCUCAUCCUCGUAUCAUGACCACCCAGCAACAAUGGCAAGACUUGCCCGGCAAGAUCAGCAAGGAUGCUUACCUGACCGUCUGGAACGAUACGAUCUUCAAGAACGCCACCGCGUGGUUCCCUAUACCUCCUACCAACUACAGCAUUGACGGUGGUUUCACAGGAAGUGGUAUCCUUGACCCUGCUCGUGAGCUUCAGCAGCGCGUCAAGACUUUUGCCUACGCAUACCAUCUGAGUGGCGGCGACACCAAGUGGCGUGACCGCGCUUGGUCCGAGCUGAACACGGCUGCAGGCAACAAUCCUCAAUAUCCUUGGGGUGAAGGCGCCCCCGAUGGCUCGAUUUGGAAUGCCAACCACUUCUUGGAUCUUGCCGAGGCUACUGCUGCAUUUGCCAUCGGUUACGACUGGCUCUACGAUGCUUGGACGGACGACCAAAGAACCACUCUCCGCAACGCGAUUGCAACGAAUGGCCUCGUCUUCGGUAACAAUGCUUACACUGGCCAGAACGAUGGCGGUAAUUACGGUUGGUGGCAUUUGCCCGCGAAUGGAUUCGGCAAUUGGAAUUGCGUCUCUAACUCAGGCUUGCUGCUUGGAGCCCUUGCCAUUGCUGGCGACGAUGGCGGCAACACUACGAUUUCGACCUUGGUGUCCCAGACUUUCAACAACGUGCUCGACAACAUGAAGCAGAAUUGCAUGCAGGGUGUAUACUCGGAUGGAACCUGGAGCGAGACACCCAACUACUGGUAUUUCGGUACCAAUGCUCAGGCUCGUGCAGUCUCAGCACUGACCACUGCUACAGGAAGCGAUCAGGGCUUGAUGGCUGCCAACAACAACUGGCCCAAGACGGGUUACUUCCACAUGUACGUCUCGGGCAUGGCUUCCAUGUUCUUCUACGGUGACAAUGGACCCAACAAGUUCUCGACCAAUGCCAACGGCAUGUUCCUAUGGGGCGCCCUAUCAAACAAUCCGGUCUACGCCCUCUUCCAACGCGACCGGGCAGAUGCCGCUGAUCCGCUCAGCAUGUUCUGGUAUGAUCCGUCUACCAAGGGAGCAUUCUGGAGCGGCCUGGACCUUGACAGGUACUUUGACGACAGACGCGGUUCGUGGGCUUCGAUGCGCUCUUCGUGGACUGACUUUACUGGCAUGUAUGCGGCCAUCAAGUCGUCCAACUUGACUGGACAUCAGACUCAUGGAGAUCUCGAUGCCGGGACUUUUGUCAUCGACGCGCUUGGCACCAGAUGGGCCGGUGAGCUUGGCAACGGCAACUACCUCUCCACCGACUACUUCAAAGAGGAGGUGCCUACCGCACUGCGUUGGGGGUACUACAAGAAGGCCACUCAGGGUCAGAAUACGCUGGUGAUCAAUGACCAGAACCAGAUGCCAGACUGCCAACCCAUCAACAAGUUUGAGACUACUGGUGCCAAGCAGUCCAGCAGCGUCAGCUACACGCCGGGCACCAACGAUGUCGCAUACUUUUCCACGGACAUGAGCUCUGCAUACAACAACUCCGGCUCAGCAUUCCCCGCCAACACCGUCAAACGAGGAAUCCGGAUGCUCAACGGCAGACGGCAAGUCCUGGUUCAGGAUGACAUUGGCGCGAACGGCGGCAUCCAAAAGAUUCAGUGGCGCGUUCAGACGAAUGCGACGAUUACGUUGUCCGCUGAUCGGCGAACCGCGACUCUCACCUUGGAUAAUGCUACUGAUCCCAACGCAUGGGGAGGCAACACUGUUGCUGGACCUGCGCCGCUCAUCGCUCGUUUCGCGAAGCAAACGAUGAUCGUCAAAAUUCUUUCGCCUGCCACCGCCACUUUCGGCGUCACUUCGUUCAGUGGCAACCCGGAGCAGAAGCCCACGCGUAUCUACGGCACAGAUCCAAACACCACACCCGGAGAGCAAGGCGACCAGCCCAUGCCCGGGAGAUCCGUCCUGACAAUCACCUUGGAUGGCGGUGACGCUCAGUCGAUCCAGGUCUUGUGGCAGCCUCAGUGGUCGAACUUGAACGAUGCUGACAACAAGGAGCCACCCAAUGUCCCCAUUGACAACUGGAGCCUGACAAGUCACAACUAG